AACUAGUUCUUCUUUAAUCGCGUUUAAAUUAACGCCGCCGCGUGGCCAUCGCCGUAUUAAACCCCAAUUCUCAGAUUUUCAUCGCCGGAAUCCUCGCUGAUCACGCGACCUCAACUUCGGCGGUCGAGAUUAUGGCGGCUACUAAUCAGCUCAAUGUCGAGGAGCGGCCGUCGUGGGGGUCUCGGAGCGUCGAGUGCUUCGAAAAACUCGAGCAAAUCGGGGAAGGCACAUACGGUCAAGUAUAUAUGGCAAGAGAAAAGAGAACUGGAGAUAUUGUCGCUUUGAAAAAGAUACGGAUGGAUAAUGAAAAAGAGGGGUUUCCCAUCACUGCUAUCCGAGAAAUUAAAAUUCUAAAGAAGCUACAACAUGAAAAUGUUAUUCAGUUGAAAGAGAUAGUGACAUCUCCUGGUCGGGAAACCAACGAGCAGGUACAGCCAGUUGCAGACACAGAGAACAAUAAGUACAAGGGAAGCAUUUAUAUGGUGUUUGAAUACAUGGAUCACGACUUAACUGGCCUAGCAGAUCGUCCUGGACUAAGAUUUACUGUUCCCCAAAUAAAAUGUUACAUGAAGCAACUGCUCACAGGUCUUCAUUACUGUCAUGUUAAUCAAGUGCUUCAUAGGGAUAUAAAAGGCUCCAAUCUUCUCAUUGACAACGAGGGAAACCUGAAACUUGCAGAUUUUGGACUUGCACGUUCCUUUUCCAAUGACAUUAAUGCUAAUCUUACAAAUCGGGUUAUAACAUUGUGGUACAGACCUCCAGAGUUACUUCUUGGAGCUACAAAGUAUGGCCCAGCUGUAGACAUGUGGUCUGUGGGUUGUAUCUUUGCUGAACUAUUGUAUGGAAAACCAAUCUUACCAGGAAAGAAUGAGCCUGAACAGUUGAAUAAAAUAUUUGAGCUUUGUGGAACCCCUGAUGAGUUGAUAUGGCCCGGAGUUUCCAAGAUUCCUUGGUAUAACAAAUUUAAGCCUACUCGUCCAAUGAAAAAGCGAAUCCGGGAGCUCUUUAGACAUUUCGACAGACAUGCUUUGGAUUUACUGGAGAAAAUGCUAGUUCUUGAUCCUGCACAGAGAAUCUCAGCAAAGGACGCUUUAGAUGCAGAAUAUUUCUGGAAUGAUCCCUUACCUUGUGAUCCAAAAAGUUUACCAAAAUACGAAUCAUCACACGAGUUCCAGACAAAGAAGAAGAGACAGCAACAACGACAGAAUGAAGAAAUCGCAAAACGGCAGAAGUUGCAGCAUCCACAGCAACAUGCUCGCUUGCCCCCCAUCCAACAAUCCGGACAGUCACAUCAACAGCACUGGAAUGGCCCUGGUCAUCAGAUGAACAACAACUCUCAGAUGGCCAUGUCUGGUGCACCCAGUCAUCAUCAAUACGGAAAGCCACGUGGCCCACCAGCAGGGCCCAGUAGGUAUCCCACAGGUGGGGCUGGAGGUGGUGGUGGUGGCGGCUACUAUCAAGAUCGCGGAGGCCAGAGUGGAGGCUAUAGUAGUGCCCCGUUCCCCUCACAGGGGCGAGGACCCCCACCAUAUCCUGGAAACACAGCCCCCUCAAACGGCCCCCGAGGAGCAGCUGGUGGAUACGGGGCUCCUCCUAACUACUCACAAAGCGGCCAAUACAACGGAAGGGGUCCAAAUCCGAUGGGUGGCAACAGAAACCAGCAGUAUGGUUGGCAGCAAUAGCAAAGACAAGUAGCUGUUGCAAAUUGUUAGCAGCAGUAUGGUUGGCAGCAAUAGCAACAGAAACCAACAUAAACGCGUCACAUACGAGGGGGAGGAUCCGUUGCCUCCAAUUGUUUCAAGUGGUUGCAGUUUUGCAAAUUGUUACUAGGCUUUGUAUAUCUAGUUGUUUUUCUUGAUUAAUUGGUAUAGAUUUUUGUCAAGAAUGAGUGGAUUGAUUGGUCACUGAAUUCACAUAUUUAACCAUUUAGGCUGUUGUACCUUUGCAUGACCAUUAUUGGUAUUCUGUUAUCUGUUGUCACUAUAUUUGGUUUCUACAUGUAAUAUUUUCAAUUUUA